CUCCCUUGAAAGAAAUCGGGAACUUUCCGGUCUGAUUCGAAGUUUUGAUAAUAUAUACAUAAAAAGAUAUAGUUAAAUAAUUUCUGAUUAAAAUGCAAUACACAGAGAAUAGUAAGACAAAAUUGGGAAAGGAGUUGGUAAAAAGAAACAAGGAUGGAAACCAGGAAGUUAAAAGCAUGGUAGUAGUCAAGCAUUCAACAGUACCUGUGUCAACAGCCUUUUCUAUUUUGCAACCUUCUACAAAUCUUAAUGUACCACCAUCAAAUUGGCUGAGAAACUCAUCAAGAAUGGAGAAAAAUAUAUUUGAUUUUACAUGGGACAAAAAGGAACACUCUCAAUUUUCAAGUAUUGAAAUGGCCAAUAAUGACUUAGAUCUGACAGGAGAAGUGGAUGUGAUUUCUAAUUCUAAUAAUAUAAAGAAGAUUCUAAAGAUGCCAAUGUCUAAAGGACAUAUUAGUAUGAUGGUUCAUCGGAUCGGGAAGACUUUACUCAUAGAUGAAUUUGAUGUACACAAACAUUUACUUAGACAACAACAGGAUGAUUGGAAAUGGUUGAGGGAAUUCUAUUACCAAUCUGUAGCUAAAGAAAUGCAGAUUAAGUGUGUUCCUAAGAAAAAUAAAAGUAGAGACACUCUUCAGAAUAGAAAUAUGUUGUCAAAGUUUUUAUAUAGGAGCAUUGCAGAUACCAACGAAGCUGUUGAUGAAUUUCAGCAGACAGUAGAAGAUAUGUCAAAUAAUGUUGAUGAUAAUCUAGUAAGGACAGAACAGUUUGAAGCACCAGGUUUUUCCAGAGAAGUAGUAUGGACUUUUGAAGAUAUCAGAAUGUUAAUUGGUACAGAUCUACCCAUCUUUGGAGACCAGAACUGUCCCUGUAUCAGCCUGCGGUUAAGGGAUAUGCAGACCCCAAUAAAUGUACUAACAGGUCUUGAUUAUUGGUUGGAUAAUCUUAUGAGUAGUGUUCCUGAAGUUGCCAUGUGUUAUCAUCUCAAUGGUAUUGUACAGAAAUACGAGUUAAUAAAGACAGAAGAUAUUCCAAAUUUAAAGAAUUCUGAGUUUGAUCCUGCAAUGAUGGCUGACGUAGCUAGAAAUAUAUUAGCAUUCCUUAAAUCUAAUGCAACAAAGGAGGGACAUACUUACUGGUUAUAUAAAGGUGUAGAUGAUGAAGUUGUGAAGUUAUAUGACCUGACAGCUUUAUGUUCAGACAGUGUGAAUGAUAGUCCUUUUACAGUACCCCUAGGAAUGUUGUUGUACAGGGUUGCAAGGAACUUGUGGCAGCAAGAUGUUAAGAAAAAGAGAUCCACCAUCAGAACAUUAUUAGAAAAUUGUUUAAUUUUACUAGAUGAAGACAAACAUGCACAGGUUUAUACAUCAGCAUGUUAUCUGCUAUCAGACUUGUAUGUACCUGAAUCUGCAGUGAAUGAUGAUUGGGAUGAUGGCGGUAGUGAAAAUGGGGACACAGAUGACAGUGAACAUAGUGAACAAGAAGAGGAGUGUAGGGAUAAUACAACAACAACCAUAGAUGUUAAAGCUUUAUGUGUCAAGUCACAGAGUUAUUGUAAAGCUAGAGAGUUUAUUCAUACCAAAUGUAUGACAGAAAAUGUACAAGAAAGAUGUAACAUUACAUUACAGUUUAUAGCCAAGGGUUUGAAAUCUGUAGAUAAAGAUUUUACAAUACAAACGAGAAAGCAGCAUCAUAUUGUAGAAGAACAAAGACGAUGUUACAGUAAUGAGGCUAUUCCUCUUCAUUAUGAACCUUUAAAGAAAUCAGCACCUCCGUUUGAUGAUAAACAUACCCCACUGCACGACAUGGAACAUUUACAGGUUUCAGAAACUACUUCUUCAAGAACUUGGCAUCGUCUAUCAAAAGUUUUACUGCUGCAGAAAGCAACCAUAACUUUCUAUUCCAUUGCAAAAUCAUCAUUUGUUGCACAUAAUCUGUCCUACAGCUUUAAAUAUAUAAAGCUAGCAUUACAAUGUUUUGCUGGAAUAAGAAUAUUGUUACCAAAGAAAGCACAUGGCGAUGCAGGGUUACUUGUACAGAUUUUGAGUUUAGCUGGUGAUAUUCAUCUUAUGUACAUACACAGAGGUGUUGACACAGAAACUAUUGUUCCAGAAUACAGUGAUGAAGAAAUCACUAUAAUGGAUAGUGUUAACAGAGAAUUAGAAACAUUUGAAUACGAAUGGGUAUGUUCACUACGUGAUGAGAUGAAAGGGAGACUACUCUUGUGUUGCCAGUGUUAUUCUGUUGCCAUUGAAACAGCUCAAUCCAUAACAACAGAUUCAAAAUGUGAACCAGUACUUUCAUUAACAAAAAGACAUGGUAACAUUCUUAAUGAGUUGGGAGUGUGGUACAUGAACCAAGCACAAUGUCUUCUCCAAAAACCAGAUGGAAUUUUUCCAAAAGGAGAAUUUGAAUCUUUAUGUGAGGAAAGCUGUGCCUGUUUAAAGAAGGGAAUGUCUAAAUUCCAGUCAGUAGGUGAUAAAGCUAACAAGGCCCUUCUUAUGUCCAAUAAGGGUAGACUGUAUCGUGUAAAGGCACAGGAACAGUCGCAGAGUUCUAGAACUGCAGGGAAAGAAUUUAGUGUUGAAGAAAGAAAUUCAUGCAAACAGGCAAUCAACUGUUACCAGAAAGCAUUGGAGAUUUUGAAACAUAGAGAGAGUUUCCAAGAGAUUUGGGAUUCCAUAUGCUGGGAGUUAUCAACAACUUUUUUUAACAUGGCCAUAUUGCUACAAGAUUAUGCUCCAAUAUCUUCUACAUCACAAGAAGAGGUUGAAAAAGAAGUUGCUGUUUUAAUGAAUAAAUCAUUACGAUAUUGCAAUACACAAACUACUUCUGCCAAGCAACCAAUGUAUACCUACAGAGCUGGAACUAUUAAUCAUCGACUUGCUUCUUUAUACCACAAUGGACUUAGACAACAGGAAAAUGAGCAAAAACAGAAGUAUCUGAAACAGUUGGCUGAGAGUCAUUACAGUAAAGCUAUAAGAUAUUUCCAAUCUGUUGACAGCACACUUGAGCUUUUCCGUGUACAGUUAGAACAAGUGGCUUUGCAGGAAUAUAUUUUAUCUUCACAAAUCAACAGCAGAAGUAAACAAAGAACAUUGACAUUAGCUUUGUCUUAUAUAUUGUCUUGCCAUGAUAUUCUACAGAAGAUUUUGAAACAGUCACAGGAGCCAGAUUUUGAUGAGAAAUCAAAACAGGAAGCUGUAAAUUUGUCUGAUAUUUUACAAUCUCGACUUCAGUUUGUGUUACUGCAGAUAAUGAAAUGUCAGACUGGCAAUAAGAAGAGAAUAGGGAAAACAGAUAUGGACAGAAUAAAGACAUUGUAUGCAUCUAGUUUGAAAAUUGGAAGUGGAGAAACUACUGGAUUAGAAAAACUACCUGUGAUUUUGUGUAUUUUAGAUGACGUUAGAGUGUUUUAUGAAGAAACUUUAGUGCAUGAGAUUCAACCUGGAUAAUAUGACUAUUUUUUGGAUAAUUUUUUUUAAUACCUUUUUAAGAGAUUCCAAUGAUAUGUCAGUGAUUAUUUAUUCUUUGUCUUUCAUUUUACAACAAACAGUUUACAAAUCUUUUAGAAUUUGUUCAUUAAACAGAUAUAAUCAAGA